CGGAGUGUGACACACUGAGGACACGGAUGGUAGGGGUGGCGGCCUACACGCUCCCAGCCCGGAGAAUGUCAAAGUGUAACCGAUAUCUCGGGUGUCACAGGCCUGUCACUCGCCGGCUGACAUGUGACUGGCACUUGUUCUUUUGAGCGGAACCAGGAAUUUUUGUGUUUGUUUGUUGGGGGACGGUGAAGUUCAUCCAAUGCUCUGCUACUGUGUUUGUUUAAAGUCGCGAGACACCGAAGUUGAUGUGCUACUGAUGUUGUGUUUGUUGAAAUUUGCGAGACAAGGAAUUUGAUCUACUACUGACGUCGUUUGUUUAAAGUUGCGAGACACCGAAGUUGGUCUGCAACUGAGGUUGUGUUUGUUGAAAUUUGCGAGACAAGGAAUUUGAUCUGCUACUGAUGUUGUUUGUUUAAAGUUGUAGACACGGAAGUUAUUAUGCUACUGAUAUCGUGCUUGUUGAAAUGUGCGAGACACGGAAUAUGAUCCGCUGUUGAAGUUGUGCUUUUUAAAAUAUGCGAGACACAGAAGUUAUAUGCUACUAAUACUGUUUGCUGAAAUUUCGAGACAAGCAAUUUGAUCUGCUACUGAUGGUGUUUGCUGUGUUCUUGAUAUGGAAAGCUCCUGGAUUAACUUGUGGCGACAUGGAUAGUUGAUUGUAACCAGGCUCUCCGCACCUGCUGGUACAGAAAGGAUUUUUAUCAACAAGGACUAAAUGCACGCUGGAACUCGCGUCUUACUAUGAACCUGUGGCCUAUCAAAAUGACACGACGAAAACAAAACGCACCAAAGAGGCUGAAGAGUACUGCCAAAGCAGGAGGUGACGUGACCAAUGAGACGUUGGCAGACACAAGUCAUGUGACCUCGGACAGCGGGGCUGACGAGGGUGAAGAGGAUGGAGAGACAACUUCCGAUGAAGAAAACACAGAAGACAAGGCCGGUAAUUCUGAUAGGGCCAGUAGCAGAACGCCAGACUCUAUCGUGAACUCUGACCUCCCUAGAGAGGCAGCAGAGACUGCAGACAAGAAAAACGAUGAGCCUCAAGGGGAAGUAAGCACAGGCAAGAAGCGCGAGAAACAAGGGAGAGGACGCUCUCAACUGGAAGAAAGAGUUCCUUGGACACCCCACCUCCCCAUGUCCACGCCGAGUGCAGGCAGCAAUGCGAACAAGUUCAAAUACUCUUCCAAAAUCUCAACCCCACUUCUCUCCCCUUCUCAAAGGCUGAGUCUGCCAAUUCUGGAUCAACAAAUGGCACUUGUGAUGUCCACCAUGCCCCUGGCACUCUUGUCCAGGGGCAAGAACUCUUCCAGCCCUCUCGACUCCAGCUUGAGUUACUUCCCCGUGGCUAGCUCUCACCACACAGAGGAGCAGCCGCUGGAUUUGUCCACCAAAACUGAGAAGAGCUCUCCACCUUUGGAUAAACCACACCUCCAUGAUCCACCAAAACUCCACGAUCCACCGAGAUCCAAUUCUUCAAAUACCUCAAAUGGAAUUUCUAGUCUCCAGAGCCUGCAGCAAAGAUUUGGCGGAGACUUUCCGCUCGAGCUGUCGCAAAAACCCGGCCCUGCGGUCAUACCCCUGCAGUCCAGCCUGUCACACAAAGCAAACACCACACCGCAUACCUCAACCUCCAUCAGUGACUCUUUGCUGCGGGCAUCUGCUGCUAAAUCUAAAAAUAACUGCAGGUCUGAUUGGCUAGAGCGACAGGAACUCCUGUGUUCUCGACUCGCCGCUUCACCGCCCUCAUCCAAGGGGGACAACUCCAGACAGUCUUCUCCUUCACUGGUGGACGAGCCAGGCUCUGAUGCCAAGCACACAAUCCAUCGCUGCUCCUGUCAGAAAACUUUCAACACGCUCUACGCCCUCAGUCUGCAUCUGCAGGAGACAGGCCACGCCCCGGGGUCAAGUAAAGCUGCAUCCCUAAUGGACUACCCCAAGCUGGUGCGGGGUCAGGACAUGUGGUUGAACCAGGAGUCAGAACAAACCCGCCGGAUACUGCGGUGCAUGCAGUGUGGGGAGUCCUUCAAGUCCCUGCCCCUGCUCACCGUCCACAUGAUGCAGACCCAGCAUUACACAAAGAUCGUCAGCUCGGACCACGGUCGACGGUCGCACAAAUGUUCGACCUACUGCGACAGGGAGCUGGACAAGGAGUGUAUUUUUAAGUGCAAGGUGUGUCACGAGGCUUUCCCGGACAUGGAGGGGCUGGCCAAUCACAUGAUCAUCUCCGGCCACCACAAGAAACAAUCCUCCCGUCAAAACCAGCUGACCAGCGCCUCAAUGUUUGCUGAGGUAGCCGGCGGCCUGGCGUCUAUAGCCAGACAAGGCAGGAGGAAGAGAUACCUGCCCGACGAUGCCGCUCUACUCAGUAGCGCCAGCUCGUCCACAGUGGCCUCCCUGCUGGAGUACAGGCGCAAGCAGGCCUGCGCUAACGGAGACCUGAACGGAUUUCAUCCUGACCAAAAGGGUAGCCCUCAGGCCAGGUCCCCGGACGCCCGGCCAGCCAAGUUAGUUCUUUGUGAUAGCUGCGGCAAGAGAGUGGACAUUCAGGACUUUGACAGCCAUGUCCGAGCGUGUCUCAAACAAAGGGCUGAGGUUAUCGACGCCCUCAAGCUAAAGCUAGCAGCCGAGGAAGCCAUCUUGUCUAGAUCUGAGAGCAAACUUCUACGGUCUGGCUUUAGCCUGUCCUCGGUGCCACGCUUGCAUGAAGACCUUUACCCAGUGCCCAGCUCUAGCAGUAAAGAAACCUUGCCUACACCCAGUGAGACGAAAUUCUCCGAGGAAAGAGCCCCGAGUGAUGAGAUUCACCCAGCAGUCAAAAGUGAGCUGCCGUCUCCGGACAGGAACGUACAACCCAGCCCAGUAGCUCAGCUUUCAGACAACAGCCCACAAACUGCCAAAAUAUGUGAUCUGGUGGAAGUGCCAUUAAAGAAGUGGUAUUGUUCGAGUGAGCCCACGAGCCAGCAAGAGCCCACAGAAGAGGAGCCAGACAGCAACAAGCACCAACAGAAACCUCAGCCUGUGGACAGCAGCAAACACCAGGAGAAGCCCCAGCCUGUGGUAAAGAAGGAAGAGCCACCAGCAGAAGACAGGAGAACUCCCAGCCCACUGUGUCCGAGGAAAAGAAAACUCUCCAGCUCUAACCAAGAGAAAACACCCGCAGAUUCCCAUCAGAGGUGUGACACCAACCUGGUCACAGACACGUUUGACGAGUCCCUGGACUUCCAGUCCUCGGCUCUACACAAGCUGGACAUGUUCUCGCGAGGGCUCAGGUUCUCCCCGCCCAGACGGAACCUCUCGCCCGAGCCCAAGCUACCCACACACACAGCCCAGCGGGCCAGCAGAAAGAAAGAGUCCAGCACAUCUGGGAACAGAAAAGAAUUCUCCAAAUCCCCAGCGCCCAUUUCACCAGCAUCCUCACAUUUAAAAACAGACUCGCCGGAAACCCCCAAGAAAGAAGUGACGUUCGACAUCAUUGACCCGAACGCUGUUGCCGAUCACAGUGAGACGAAGUCUUCAGCUCUUGAAGCGAUGGAGUCUUUUAUCCAGAAGAGUUUCAGUGCCAAAUCUGACCUGCGCACUUCCAACCUGGCUUCGAUGUUCAGCCCGUUCAGGAAUUGCUUCCCUCUCCCAGGGACUUUACCAGGGCAGGGUGGGGUCCUACCUGAUGUCACCGACCCAGCCAUGUCCCACUUUGCCAAAUUUUCAAAGUUUUUUCGAAUGGUUCCAGGUGUGUCAUCGUUUCCAGACGUCAGCCCACCUGUCCUGCACGAAGGACUUUUAUCUACCUCAGCGCCCGUCGACCAAAAAAAGUCUGCCGCUCUAGAUAAGGCAGCUUUUUACGCCAAAAAAAUGCCAAACAAAUCCUGCAGUACUUCCUCUAUGCCAUCUGCCAUCAAAGUUCCAGUGGUCAAGCUCCCCCAGGACUCCCCGCUUCACAGCCCCCACGAUAUCUCAGCGGUCAAGAGGUUAUCGGAAAAUGUCAGUGCUAAAAAAUACAAAUACAGCACAAUGAUUUGCAAUGAUGUCUCCAAUGUGUCUGCUAAGCAAAAAUCUGGCAAAUUGACUGGCACAGGAAGUGCUUACAAAAACAUGUCAGAUUUUUCUAAAGAAGAAUUGAGAUUGCCGUCAUCUUCUGAGUGGGAAAGAUUAAGGGAAGAGAUGCUGAAAAAAAGGAAAACUAAUUCAGAGGAAGAAGACUCCUCAAGCGAUCCCAAAAAAGUUAACAUAAAAGAAGAAAAAGUUGAUGCAAUCAGCAAUGUGAAGGUCAAAGUUGAGCAGUGUUCAGAUGAUGAAAUUGAUGAUGGUAAUGACGACAGGUCUGAUCCUGAUGGGAAAAAAUUAUCAGCUGUUCAAACUGGAAAAACUUUUAUUGACAAUUUUCUUUUCACGCCAGGGCAACGUGGGGAUGAUGUCCCCUCCCCGGGACAUGUGCCUAAGAAUGCUGAUCCAAAAACCUCGUCUGGUCUUCCUCAGUCAAAAGAUGACAGACCAACACUAGAUGAGGGGUCCGACAGUAGGCAAACCACGGCCCAACCAGGUCACCGGAUUAAGGACGGUGACCGUCUAACCCCUAGGCUAAUGAAUGAACACACCGAUAGAAUAUCCCCACAGUUUCUCGAAACUAAAGACCAAUCUGGCAACCUUGACCAGGAAAAUUUUGGCUCAAAACGUGCCAGUAGUUCCAGCAAAUCUCAGAUGAAAUCGUGUAACUCUUCUAUAGAGGAGGGCAGUAUCGCUGGUGGGGAGAACCUAAACAAUAGUAGCCCCAGCUUCAGCAAAGAAAGUGAGAGGUCAGAGGAAGUUUUAAACACCAAAGUUAAAAUCAAGUGUGAAGUGGAAAAUGACGAAGUGGAGUUCGAUAAAAAAUGUUUAAAAAGUCCAGGACAAUCUAAAAACGAGGCAGAAGCUGCCAGUGUGCAGGAGAAUGAUGUCAAGCCAGUGCUGACGGCUGUCAAUCAUGAGGACUCGUGUGGGGGAGAGGAGGAGGAAAUGGAGAUGGGUGAGAUCACCAAAAAACACAGCCAUUCGUUUGGUGCCAGUUUCAAUGGCCGGGCUGCUGAUGGGAGGAAGAGUGGACGGUUAAAAUCUGGGUCACCGGCUGGUGGUGGUGGUGAUAGGAGGAGGUCAAGGUCACCUCUGCUUGGUGGUCACAAGAGAAGAUCAAGGACGCCCGAUGGCGGUGCCAAGCGGUCAAGGUCUCCCGCAGGUGGUCGUGACAAGAGAUCACCAGCCCCCUCCCCUGCCAGGUCGGCUUCAGAAAGAAACGGUCAUUCAGAGAGUCCGUCUGAACAAAAGCAGAAGAGGUCAGCUCUAGAUUCACUGAGCUCUUUUGUUUACAGCCAGCCACUGACCAGUGAGCAUCCCCUGGACAGUCUCCAGAGGCUCUUGUCCACCAAUGACCUGACCCACCUCCAGCACGACCCCCACAAACACCUGGCCUCAGCCUCUUACAAAUGCCUGACCCCUGACCUCUCCACCCCCUUGAACCUGACAAUGAAAGGGUCUGGUGUGGCCAGUGGGGGGUGCAGCAGUGAUGACAAUGAUGAGGGUGAUUCCAAUCUGGCAGAAGGUGGGGCCAGUGAAGGGGAGGUCAGCGAGUACAAAUGUGCAGCCUGCAACAGAAGGUUCGCCUCCAAGGGAUCCUACCGCUACCACCUUAGUCGCUGCCAUCUGUCUAGUGUCAAAAAAUUUGGCAUCAAAGAGGCUUUUAACAUGAGCCCUUACGUCUACUUGCCACUGGACCACACCGCCAAAUUCUCUAAAUAUUACCAAAUGGCACAUGAACUUGCCAAUAAAGGAAAGUGAAACAAUAUUUUGUGAAAUCUUUAACCAAGCAAAUAGCACUGCCAAAUCAUUACUCUAUGAUGUACUCAUAGAAUAUUUCCAUCACUAGAUGCAUGUACAGUACUGUUGUGAAAGUUUUAUUUUGUGUGGACUGUUCUGGUCUUACAUAGCCUAUCCAAUU